AUGAAAUAUGCUACACUACGAUGUUUAUCGUAUUUAUCAACAAUUUCAUACAUUUGGUUAUCUUUACUGAAAGUAUUAUAUCUUUUAUCUGUACGUGAACAUGGUGAUCCUCAUUUGCGUGGUGCAUGUGCAAAUUUACUUGCUAAAUUAAUUCAAACAACAAUUCAUCUUUUAACACUAUUAUCAUUAUCAAAUUCAUUUAAUGAUUCUUUUAUUAAUGUAUUACAUCUUUUACCUGUACGUGAACAUGGUGAUCCACAUUUACGUGGUGCAUGUGCAAAUUUACUUGCUAAAUUAAUUCAAACAACAGUUCAUCUUUGA